AGAAGGUUUCUAAAAACAGACCUGACACAGCGAGGCCUCUGGAGCUCUCACUCUCUCUCCGCUCUGAUACUUUGGGUUACUUUGGGUUACUUUGAGUUAGUUUGGGUUACUUUGAGUUAGUUUGGGUUAGUUUGAGUUAGUUUGGGUUAGUUUAAGAGUUAAAGCAGUGGAUUAAUCUACUGGUUUGCACUAUGAACUCCAUGGAGAACCUGGAGAAGCAGCUGAUCUGCCCGAUCUGUCUGGAGAUCUUCACCAAGCCAGUGGUGAUCCUGCCCUGCCAACACAACCUCUGCAGGAAGUGUGCCAACGACGUGUUCACGGCCUCUAACCCCUACCUCCCCACCAGAGGAGGAUCUAUUUCUUCUGGUGGAAGGUUCCGCUGUCCCUCCUGCAGACAUGAGGUGGUUCUGGAUCGCCACGGAGUCUACGGUCUGCAGAGGAACCUGCUGGUGGAGAAUAUCAUCGACAUGUUCAAACAGGAGACCAGCAGCAGCAGCAGCAGCACGCCGGCCUCCGAGAGGAAGGAGGAGUCUCCGAUGUGUGUCGUGCACGAGGGAGAGAAGAUCAACAUCUACUGCGUGACGCACGGCGUGCCCACCUGCUCCAUGUGCAAAGUGUUCGGAGAGCACAAAGACUGCGAGGUGGCGCCCAUCUCCAGCGUCUUCCAGACCAAGAAGUCGGAGCUGAGUGACGGGAUCGCAAUGAUGGUCGGGAACAACGACCGCAUGCAGGGCAUCGUCAGCCAGCUGGAGGAGGCCUGCAGGGUCAUAGAGGAGAACGGCCGGCGGCAGAAGACUCUGGUGUGUGAGAAGUUCGACCUCCUGUACUCGGCGUUGGAGGGGAAGAAGAGAGACAUGAGUCAGAAAGUGACGUCGGAGCAGGACGAGAAGCUGACGUACAUCAGAGGACUGAACAAGAAGUACGGAGAACAUCUGGAGGAGAGCUGCAAGAUGGUGGAGCACGGCAUCCAGAACAUGGAGGAGCCGGAGAUGGCUCUGUUCCUGCAGAACACCAAGCCUCUGCUCAAAAACUGCUACCGGAGUUACUAGAAACGGAGGUGUGCGACUGCAGCUGCUCUCUCUUUGUUCAGAUGGAAACCUGCUCUGAGAGACUUCCAGGAGUAACUCUGAUCAGUCUGAUAGAAAGAGAAAACAACACCUCGAUGAAAAGCACUCCAACUGGGACUGAACUCAAACUGUAAUGUCUUCUGCAGUCUUUAUUAUUGUGGAGGUGAUUCUAACACAUCACUUUAUCACCAUGGAAACAGAGACGUCGAACAGUCUGCAAAAUGCAUGACAAGUAACAUUUAAAUGUGUAUUUGAUAUCAUGACAGCAACUGUUGUGUGUUCCUGCUCUGAUGCGUGCAGCUGGAGUGCAGACCGUGAUAUCAUCCUAAUAACUCCUUAGCUGUUUGAACUCCUCGAGCUGAACUAUAUUUUACUUUUCACUUUAUCACCAACGAUUCUCCUGAAUGUGUUUCGACCUCAAUGAUGUCUCGAGUCAGUCUGAUCUGAUUCCAUGUUAUUUAUAUAUUGUUGGAUGCAGUCUUUAUUAUUUUGGAGGUGGGUUUUUACAUAAAACUUUAACAUAAAUGAAACUUAUUUUCACCUCUACUUGAGAAUUUGCAAACACUAUUCAUAGACGCUUCAUAUGUUGUUAGGAAUUAAGAUGAAGAAGAUAUGUAUUAGAGACUUUAUAUUUAACGGUUCAAACGGGUGCAAAAUGUGGACAUUAUUUCCGUUGUGGCUUUUUUUUUACACAUAACUUUAUCACAAAUUAUUCUUAAAUGUUUUUAGACCUCAAUGUCUCGAGACAAUUUGACCGGGAGAGUGCCGGGUGCAAAGGGGUUAAAAGCUACUCCCCGAUCUGGGAUCAAUAGAUUGAGUCUGAUCAAUAGAUUCUGAUCCA